CACUGCUCUCCUCUCCCAGCAGUCGGAGGUCCAACAAACCGCAGAGAUGAACGCCAAGCUUGCGCUGCUGCUCCUGGCUGCCCUGGUGGCUGUCGUCUCUGCGAGCCACGGAUACAACGGAUAUGGUGGACAUGGUGGCAACUACGGUGGACACGCUGCAUACGGUGGCUCCGGUCGCGGAAGCGCCGCAGGCUAUGGACACAAUGGCCAGCGCUACCGCCGUUCUCUGAGCUACGGCAGCUACGGCCAUGGCCACGGCUCCAGCGGCUACGGACCGGCUCCCUACAGCUCUGGAUACGCCGGCCACGGACACGGCAGCUACGGCCAGCGCUACCGCCGUUCUCUGGGCUACAGCAGCUAUGGCCAUGGCCACGGCUCCAGCAGUUACGGACCGGCUCCCUACAACUCCGGAUACGCCGACCACGCAUACGGCAGCUACGGCCAGCGCUACCGCCGUUCUCUGGGCUACUCUGGCAACGCCGCCAGUGGUUACGGAUAUUCUCCCCGUAGCUACGGAUACGCCGGUCACGGACAUGCCAGCGGCGGACACGGAUAUUCCUCGUACCAGCAUUAAAUGGUCUGUUGGUCUUAUUUUGGGGUGUUUCGGUGUUCCUCGUUGAAUAUAUUUCUACUGGAAGCACA